UACAUUCCCUCUUCUUUUCGUCUGUCUGUCUGUCUCUCUCUGUUUCUCUUCAAAAAGUAAGCGAAAGUGAUCGAGCGAGAGUAUUGAGUUCAACGAUUGAGCCAUUGAUUUUCUCUGCAACGAUUGAGCGAGUGAUUUUCUGGGUUCUCUCUCUGUAACGACUGUGUGAAAUUUUGGGUUCUUAAAUCAAGAAUGGCGUCGUCUGUCAUAAAGCGCAGACAAUUGGAGGAUGGCUUUGGUUCCUUUGAGUUUCAGUUUCAGACCCAGAAGAGGAUAAGGUCUUCUAGGGUUUCUGAGACCCAACGGAAUGUAGCCGUUGAGGAAAAGUCGACUGUUGGUCUUCCUCUGCGCAAGGGUUUGGCUUCGUCUGCUACAAAAAAUGCCGACCCAGAAUCAGAAGAGUUGGGUUUCGAUGAAAUCUGUCAGACCCAGAAGAGGAAGAGGUCUUCUAGAGUUUCUGAGACCCAACGAAAUGUAGCCGUUGUGGAAAAGUCGACUGUUGGUCUUCCUCUGUGCAAGGGUUUGGCUUCGUCUGCUACAAAAAAUGCCAACCCAGAAUCAGAAGAGGGUUUUGAUGAAAUCUGUCAAACCCAGAAGAGGAAGAGGUCUUCUAGGGUUUCUGAGACCCAACGGAAGGAAAAGCCGACUGUUGGUCUUCCUCUGCGCCAAGUCAAAGAUUUGGCUUCGUCUGCUUCAAAAGAGACGUUGGAUUGUUCUAAAGUCUUGCAUUCUCUGAUGAACCUCGGCCAUGCGAGCUACUUCAACAAGCCUGUUGUUGAUCCUGUGGCUGAGAAUUUGCCGGGUUAUUUCGACGAAAUCUGGAGGCCGAUGGAUUUGGGUACUGUGAAAUCGAAAUUGGAUAGGGGUGUCUACUCCAGCGCUGAUGGCUUUGCUGCUGAUGUCAGGCUUAUCUUCUCAAACGCUUUCAGAUAUUUCCCCCUUGGUAGUAGAAAUCGUGCAGCAGCGAAGCAUCUCAGUGGGGUUUUUGAGACCCAAUGGAAAGAAGCGGAGGAGAAAAUGUCAAAGACCGCUUGUCCUCCUCCUACUCCUCCUCUGCCCAAACGGAGACCAAAUGGCAAGAGCUCUUCUGCUUGUAGGGUUCUUAUACAAAGUCAAGUGGUUGUUGGGGUUUCUGAUUCUCACUCAGUUAAGUCAACCAAAGAUGAUGACUUGGGCACCCUUGUUCAUCAUGCCAUGUAUCAGGCCACAGACAAUCUUUCUCCAUGUAAGGCUAGGCGAAUUCAGUCGCUGAAGAUGCGAUUUUCAGGUACAAUACGAAAAGCAAACAAGAUACUUAAGGGUCUACCUGAUUCUCCACCAAGGAGAAAAUUGAUGCAUCGGAUGGGUCAAAGGGAAUUGGCUCGCCGUGCCGUUUUGAACAUGGAGAAGUCAGUCCAAUUUGAGGACCCUUUAAAGGAUCUCAAACAACUUGAGAUUCUGUGUGGCUGUGGCAGUGAAAAGGUCUACCUUGGAUUGCCCCUUAAGCAUUUGGGUUUAUACCUCAAAGAAGAUGACGAGUUACAGGGUCAGGACGAGGAGGCUUUUCUGAAUGGAGAUCGGGAGGAAGGCGAGAUCUGCUGGCAGGAAAGCGAUUGGGAGGAAGAUUUGGAAUAUAACCCAAUGCUCGACAAGAUAGAUGACUAAGAAUCUUGUUUUAUGGAAUCUCUUUUUUGUAUGAUUGCUAUUUGAUGGCUAAUGCAACUGAGAGCGAAUGGUUUGGGCACCAGGGACAAAAGUAUGGAAGUUUGCAAUAAAACUGAAAUCAAAUUACACGGAAGCUUAUCAAGAACUUGGAGACAAUCUCCCAUCUUCGCAGGUGCAUCAGCAGCAGCCUUUCUUUCCCUAUGAACAUAAACCAUAGAGCAAUUCCAAACUCCUGCUAAUCAGUUGAAAAGGUUGUUGCUAUGGAGUGUGCCCCACUCGUCUAAUCCCAACAUUGGCAUUUGCUUCAGUAACCCUGAUAAUCAGUUUGCAGUUUGCAUUGCUGUUGGAGUUGUGUUGCCUUCAUCAUCCCUUCAAUAAGGGUUAUAUCAUGGCUAUUUCAGGUGAAAAUGUUAAAGAUUGUGUAUUAGUAUUUGUUUUUGUUAAAUUGAAAAGGAAAAUGGAGUGUCAAAAUUCCAUUACUGAUGGAAUGGUAAUGAUGCAAGACAGAAUCAUUGUUUUUGUGUUGCCUUCACAGUCAUUGCUUUCUGUGCUAGUUUUUCUUUUUAAUUUUUGGUUUAAUAAAGAAUGGUAAUGAGGCAAGACAGUAUAUUUAGCAUCUUGAGCAACAAAUUAUUCAUUGUUAAAGAAUGUGUCUGCAUUUUUUUGUUGGUUUUGAUUUAAUAAUGAUUUCUUGUCAAAGAUGUUCAUUUGCAAAGGUUAUUGGCUGGUCAGUUCCUGUCCCCCCAUGUAGUGUUUGUCCCCCCCCGUCUAAUCCCAGCUUUGGCAUUUGCAUUAGUAACUCUGAUAAUCAGGUACUCCAUCUUCAUCUCUCCUCUAAACAUAUGAAAUAAUCCAAUUAGUGUUUUCUUUGUUUUGUCUUUUGUGGCUUAUAUUUAUCUCUCCCAUUUUAUUUUUAUUUUCUGGGGUGUCAUUUAUGUUGUUGUCACUAUGAUUAUGUUUCAAAGAUCAAUGACAUUUCAUGCAACAAUUACAGAGUUGUUAUCUGUUUAGGAAAUCUAUGCUACCAAUUUGUGUUUGUUGGUUUCAUCUUGGCAGGUGUUUGUACCUUGUUUAGGAAAUCUGGGUAAAUAAAAUUUGUGUUUGUCAUACGGACUUGUCCCUAUUCCCUGCACUUGUCCAAAUUUCGUACUUGUAUGAUUUUCACUGAGAACUUGGGUUGAUGAAGAAGAGAGGUUAUAAUUUUUAAAGCAUACUAUCUGUAUCUUAUGAGAUUUGGAGGUAGUGCGAACAUUAUAUAUGGAUUAGAAUGGCCAGAAAGAAAACGUGGUUUUUUAUUUAUUUAAGUUGCCGUAUCUGGUAAAUAAAAUUGUGCAGAGCACUGGUUAGAGUUUAUUAGUCUUGUAUUAUUUCACCUUUUUAAGUCCUCUCAAUUUUUCUUUGAUUAUAAUUUUGCUUGCUCUAUAGUAUUAGUUUCUAACUGUUUGAGUUUUCCAAGUGUUAUGUGUAUCAGAGUAGAAUAACUAGUAAGGUUGGCUUGGUACACCAUAAGUUGACAUAACAAACCCAAUUUUUCUGAGUGUGAGGCUUUUAACUUUGAGCUCAUAUAACCCCAAUUCUCUCACUCUGACUCUCAGAGGUCUUAAUAUCUGAGCUCUGCAAACCCUAACUCACGCGAAUAAUCAAGCUCUGUUACAGUUGGUAUGAGAAAGCCACUUCCAUUCAAACUCUAGAGGUCAAACCCUUCUUCAUUUGUUCUUCUUUUGAAUUUUUGUCUUGUAAGUCAUUUAAUCGCUAAUAAAUCUCCGCAUAAACUGAGAAAUUCCAUCUUAAAUCAGAGAAAUUUUAUAUGUACAAUAUAUAUUUGUUGUUUAUGUUGAGUGCGAUAGUUAUUAGUUUUGGUACUUUCUCUAUAUAAUUCUGUUUGAGCUAGUAUAGAAGGUUGGAGUGCUCCUUAUAAUGGUUUUCCCUUUUUCUUUUGGCUUGGUGGCUGGUACAGUUUCAAGAGCUUCUUUUUCUUUUCUUAACUACAGCUGUCAACUCUUUGGGUUCUGAUUUUCUGAUCGUCAUUCUAAGUCUUCUAUUUGAGCAUGAUAUUGUCUUUGUGUUUUGAUUUGCGGAUGGUUAUCGUGUUCACUCUAACUUCUUUUUUUACUAUAUCUUUUGUGCCUUAAACUUAUCUUUCUCUCUUUUCCUCGUUAUUGGGUUAGUUUGCGACCUAGUUUUGUUUUCACUAGUAUUAUGUAUGAGAUCAUUGAAAAAUUUGUUUAAAGACAUCUUUGGUUCCAAUUCUUCAUUGCUGGUUUUAUCUUGUUUGAUGUUUGAGCCUUAUUUUCUGGUACUAAGAUGUUUGAGCCUUAUUUUCUGGUACUAAAAUGUUUGAGCCUUAUUUUCAAGUAAGAUGUUUGAGCUUUAUUUUCGGGUUUUGAGAUGUUUGAGCUUUAUUUUCAACUUUGCUGCAAUUCCUGCGAUUUAGAAAUCAAGGAAUUCAAGCCCAAUGAAUGAACCCCAUAAUUUGCCUCAACACUUUGAACAAUAUAUAUUUUAAGAUAACAAUAUAUUCAAGUUACCAUCCAAAUGUUGGCGUUUGCCUGAAAUAUACUCUUGAAGAAGAGAGCUUUUCUCUGAGACAUAGGUACCCGUAUUCUUUUUUUACCUUAUCUUUUAUUGGACUAGUUUGCUAACCUUUUUUUGUCAUGGUUUAUGUAUAAGAUAAUUUGAAAAUUUGCUUGUUCGAAUUUAAAAAGCUGCUACAGUUUAAAGAAAUCUUUUGUCCCAAUUCUUGAUUGCUGGUUUUAUCUUUUAUGAUGGUGAGCUUUAUUUUCAGGUGCAAAGAUGUUUGAGAUCCAAGGUAUUCUUUUUCUAUUUUUUUUUGUUUUUUCAUGGUUUCAAUAUUGGUCUUAGUAAAAUAAAAGAAUUGACAUAUGGGCAGAAAUUGUGGGGAUAAAUGGACAUCAUAAGAAAAGCAACAAAGAUAAUAGAUUUACCUAUUCCAUUGUCUAAUUGAGAAUCAAUUACACUAGAUUUAAUCCUGUUUUUCUUUUGGGUUUUGGUCAAGAUCUGGUUGCAUAAGGUUGGCCGUUGUCAAACCUGCAAGUCCAAAUCAAAUUUUGCUAAUAGCAGAGUCAAAUAGCAUGGUACUGAGACAUUGUGCAUUGGAGAUUUUUCUGUUAUCUGUUUUCUGCACUUACCUUACCCGAUACUAAUAUGAUUUUCAUGGGAUUAUGUGCACUAUAUGAGAUCUGGCGGUAAUUGUGAGUACGUAUUAUACGAUCCGAAUGACACAAAAACAGUUUAUGAUUUGAGUUGCAGUAUUUAGUUCUCUACUAGCUAAUCGUUACAUUAUUAGUGGACCAAGAAUGGUCAGUUCUCUUCAAUUAUAUGGGGAAUAUAAUGCCCUCAUUCAAGUUUAUUAAGUAUUGUAUUGUUUCACAUGUUCUGAAUAUUUACGUACAUUUAACCUUUAACUAAAGGAAAACCUUGGUGCAGUAUCGUCAAACCCUUAGUGAAAAUGUCCAUUAGUGCCAUUCACAUAUUUCUUUGUGAUGUUUCUGUUUCUUGACGGUUCUUCAGCGAAAUUGAAGCAUUUCUCAUAAUAUGCCCCUCUUGUGCUCUCUUUGCAUAAAUAAUGUCAUAAUAUGAUGAAAACUAUGGGGUGCAUGCCCCCCCGCGUCUUAUCGCAGCAUUGACAUUUGCUUCAGUAACCCUGAUAAUCAGGUACCCGAUCUUCAUUUCUCCUCUAAAUUUAUGAAAUAACCCAGUUAGUCUUUUCUUUGUUGCCGUUGUGCCUUAGAUUUCUCUCCCAUUUUAUUGAUUUUUUCCCUGACUUCUCAUUUAUGGUAUUGCCACUAUGGUUUUGUUUUAAAGAUGAAUGACAUUUGAUACAACAAUUUACAGAGCUGUUACCUUCAGGAAAUCUAUGCUACCAAUUUGUCUUUGUUGGUUUCAUCUUGUCAGGUGUUUGAGCCUUGUUUAGGAAAUCUGUGGUAAAUAAAAUUUGUGUUUGUUUGUAGAGUUUUCAUUUACUUGUUCCCUGCACUUAUCCAAAUUUCAUACUAGUAUGAUUUCAUUGAGAACUUGGGUUGAAGAAAGAGAAGUUAUAAUUUUUAAAGUAAACUAUCUACUUUUUAUGAGAUCUUGAGGUAAUGUGAGCGUUGUGUAUGGAUUAGAAUAGAAUGCCCAGCAAGAAGCAGUGGUUUUUUAUUAUUUAUUUUUAAGUUGCCGUAUCUGGUAAAUAAAAUUGUGUAGAGCUCUGGUUAGAGUUUAUUUGUUAUUGUAUUUCUUCACCCCAAAAACAUGGCUUUGUAUUUUAGCACUGCAUUAAAUGUAUUUUAAAUAUUCAGAC